UUGAAAUAAAAGUCUUCAGUCGAUAAACUAUUAAAUUGCCUCCUGCACUUAUUUAAUACACUUUUUAUGAAAUAAUUCAUUCAUUCACAUUUCCUUACAAUUUAUCAAAUUGAUGCACGUAUUAUGUUACACCACAAUGUGUAAUUUUCGUACAAGUAUACGAUGUGUAUAAACAUAACCUAAAAGUAUAGAGAACGAUAGUAAUUGGCGCACGUGAAUUUUAGAUUGUAAACAAUCAUAUUUUUAAUGAAGAUUGUAUAGUACAUCUUUACUUCUUUGUUUUUAUUUCAUGUAUGUCCAUACACGAACUCGAAUUGAUAAGUACAAACAUUUUUCUAGAGGAAUCAUUUUUACUUUAAAGCACUUCUUCUUAAAAUCAAAAGCAGAUUUAAGAUAUGGAUUUGAGUACUGUAAAAGGCAGCAGAGUUCCAUUUAUUCCAGGAACAAAACCAUCAAUAAAAAAUUCUCAGCUACUCGUUUCAUCUGGAAUUCCUUCUUUGGAUCAUAUAAUAGGUGGUGGACUACCUAUUGGUUCCCUGUUUCUCAUAGAGGAAGAUAAAUAUGGUACAUACUCAAAAGUCAUGUUAAAAUAUUUCAUGGCAGAAGGUGUAAUUACAACUCAACCAUUAUUAAUUGCAUCUAAAGAUGUGAAAACGUCUAGCUUCUUAUCUGAAAUGCCAGCUGCUAUAAUAGAUAAUAUAUCAUCAGAACAGUCCUCAAAUGUGAAUGAACAAAUGCAAAUUGCAUGGAGGUAUCAAAACCUGAAGGUAGUAGAUACUUCGCCAAGUGGUGGGCAAGUGUUUGGUCAUUUCUACGAUCUUACAAAGACGAUGGAUAAAGAAUUAAUCAACAAAGCAGAUAUAACACAGUGGUACGAUGAUAAUUGCCCUAUGAAAGAUCGUAUCUUCAACAAUAAUACAUAUUCACACUUAUUAAAAUGCAUUCAAGAAUCUGUGCGAAGAGGACAGUAUUCACUUUCUGAAACAACCACUAAGAGACAAGUUUUAAGAAUAGCCAUUCACUCUUUAGGAUCCAGACUGUGGUGCAGUGAUUCUGAAACUGAUUCAAAUCAAGAUUUAUUAAAAUUCUUGUAUCAUUUCAGAGCACUUUUAAGAUACAAUUAUGCAGUUGCGGUAGUAACAGUACCUACUGAGUGUUUUGACAAUUCCACUGGCAUUGUCGAUCAAAUUGAACACUUAUCGGACGCUGCAAUUAAAUUAGAGUCAUUCGCAGGCUCGCAAAAAGAAACAAAUCCACUUUUUCGGGACUACCAUGGUUUGUUACAUCUUCAAAAGAUGUUUGCUUUAAAUACGAUAUCACCUCAUGAGCCCGACUCACGAGACCUCGUAUUUAAAUUACGUCGCAAGAAAUUUGUGAUCGAGGUCUUACAUUUGCCACCUGAAUUGGAAGAUACUGUUCAACGGGAACAAGACGAUAUACCUCAAUUAGGAUGUUCCAAUCAAGCACGCAAGAAUCUGUUAGAUUUUUGAAACAUUCUGUACAAAUAUUAUAUACUUAUUUAACAAUUUUAUUUUAUACAUACUAUUAAACGUUGUAUAUAUUUCUGAACAA